ACGCCCCCUACCUAAGGGCUGUACGGAAGUUCAGUUCCACCAGAGCUCUCGAGCAGCAGAAACUUUUUCAGUCUUUUUUCCAGCAGCAGGCAGCAGUAAUGGCUCAAGGUGACUCUUCUGGCUACAGGAAGAAGCAAAUCUCCAUGAGAAACAUUCCUCAGCUUGAGGACGUGAAUACUGUGAAACUGAGCUUCAAUCGACACCUCCAUCAAACACUGGUCAAGGAUCGCCAUGUUGCCACCAAGCAUGACUUCUACAUGGCUACUGCCCACACUGUACGGGACAAGCUAGUGGGCAACUGGAUCAGGACGCAGCAGCAUUACUACAAGGAGGAUCCAAAGCGUUGCUACUAUAUCUCCAUGGAGUACUAUAUGGGACGCUCUCUGACCAACGCCAUGGUGAACCUGGGAGUGGACUCAGAGAUGGAAGAGGCUCUGUAUGAGCUCGGCCUUAAUCUGGAGGAGUUGCAGGACCAGGAGGAGGACGCUGGUCUCGGUAACGGUGGUCUGGGACGUUUGGCUGCCUGCUUCGUGGACUCCAUGGCAACCCUUGCACUACCUGCCUAUGGGUACGGCCUACGUUACGAAUACGGAAUAUUCACCCAGGCCAUCAGAGAUGGGUAUCAGCAUGAACUUCCCGAUGACUGGCUCCGUUUUGGCAACUGUUGGGAGCUGCCUCGUCCAGAGUUCACCAUCCCCGUCCAUUUCUACGGCAGUGCUGAGUUGGAUGGAUGGCAGAACACACAGGUUGUGUUGGCCAUGGCCUAUGACUAUCCUAUCCCUGGCUACAGGAACACCACUGUCAACACACUGCGUCUGUGGUCUGCCAAGUCCCCCAACAACUUUGAGUUGGGAUACUUCAACCAUGGCGACUACAUCAAGGCUGUACUGGACCGUAACCUGGCAGAGAACAUUACCCGAGUGCUCUACCCCAAUGAUAACAUGAUGGAGGGCAAAGAGCUGCGACUGAAACAGGAGUACUUCCUCUGCUCGGCCACUCUACAGGACAUUGUUCGUCGCUACAAGACCUUCAAGUCACGCGAGGGAGGUCCCAGCAGAACCACCUUCGACCAGUUCCCAGAGAAAGCUGCCAUUCAACUCAACGACACCCACCAUGCACUGGCUAUACCAGAGCUAAUGCAUAUUCUCAUGGAUCUAGAAAAAGUUGGCUGGGAAGAGGCCUGGGACGUGUGCACCAAGACCUUUGCCUACACCAACCACACCCUAUUGCCUGAGGCCCUGGAGAGGUGGCCUGUGACCAUGCUCCAGAAAAUACUGCCCCGACAUCUGCAGAUCAUCUACGAGAUCAACGCCCGCCACCUUAAGGCUGUGACUGCCCGAUGGCCUGAUGACCUGGACCGUGUGCGGAGGAUGUCUCUAGUUGAGGAAGAGCCUGAGAAGAGGAUCAACAUGGCUCAUCUGGCCAUUGUUGGCUCUCACGCUAUCAACGGAGUGGCAGCCAUUCACUCUGGCAUCCUCACAAGAUCAGUGUUCAAGGAUUUCUUCGAGUAUUGUCCUGAGAAAUUCCAGAACAAGACCAAUGGCAUCACUCCUCGUCGCUGGCUGCGUCUCUGCAACCCAGGGCUAUCAGACACCAUCUCUGACGAGAUAGGAGAGGGUUGGGUGAUUGACCUCAUGAAGCUGAAAGACCUCCUACCACUGGCCACCAAGAGCAGCUUCCUAAGAUCCGUUCUCAAAGUCAAGAAGGACAACAAGUUGAAGCUGAAGGAGUACCUGUAUGAGAACACUGGGGUCACGGUGAAUGUGGACUCCAUGUUUGAUGUUCACGUGAAGAGAAUCCAUGAGUACAAGAGACAGCUGCUCAACGUCCUGCACAUGAUCACCCUCUACAAUCGCAUCAAGGCCAACCCUGGUGUGCCCAUGGUCCCCCGUACAAUCAUUGUGGGAGGCAAGGCUGCCCCAGGCUACUAUACUGCCAAGAAUAUCAUCAAACUCAUCAACUCAGUUGCUGAAGUUGUAAACAACGACAAAGAUGUUGGUGACUGCCUCAAGAUCAUUUUCCUAGAGAACUACCGAGUCUCACUGGCAGAGAAGGUCAUCCCAGCCACUGACCUCUCUGAGCAGAUCUCCACAGCUGGCACUGAGGCCUCAGGCACUGGAAACAUGAAAUUCCAGGCGAAUGGAGCACUGACCAUCGGCACUUUGGAUGGAGCCAACGUUGAAAUGAAGGAAGAGAUGGGAGCUGAAAACAUCUUCAUCUUUGGUAUGACAGUGGACGAGGUGGAGAAGCUACGCAGUGACGGGUACGUCCCUCGCAAAUACUACGAGGCAAACGCUGAGCUCAAGAAAGCCAUUGACCAGAUCCACGACGGUUUCUUCUCCCCCAACGAGCCCUCCCUCUUCCAUGACCUCACCAACCAUCUGCUCAACCAUGACACCUACUGUCUGCUGGCUGACUAUGAGGCGUACAUACAGUGCCAGGAGCGUGUCUCAGAGGCCUAUAAGGACCAGACAAAAUGGCUGACCAUGGUAGUGAGGAAUAUUGCUACUGUGGGCAAGUUCUCUAGUGACCGCACCAUCCAACAGUACGCCACUGAGAUAUGGGGGGCCACACCCUGCCCACCCCCCAAGGAGACCAAAACUGACGCUAAAAUGGCUCCUGUCAAGACUGCACCUGUCAAGGCUGCUAUUACCAAGCCUUUGGCCAAGUCUGUGUCCAAGCAGAAGGCAAAGGCUUAAACAAACUAACUGAAUCAGAUUUAAUUGUAGUGAAAAACAAAUCCAUUUAGUAGCGAGCCUGUCAACGAUUGUGUGCUAUAUUUAGUUGUGUGUAUUAUAUGCACAAAAACAAAUUAAUCUGUUUUGUUAAUUAGGAA